CUGAUGGGGAUACUGAAUCUAUUGGAACACGCUCAGUAGGAUUACUAGGUGGGCGGUUCUGUAAGGAGUGAUGGGCGGUGAUGUAAGGAGGGCUACGGCUACGGAAAUAGCCGAGUGGCAGGGGAAACCGUUCUCCACGGGGAAACUGAUUUAGUUACAACACCGGGGGAAACUGCUGUCUACGGGAAACCAUUCUCGGCACAACAACGGUACAUCAUAGGCGGCUCCAGCACCAAGAUGUCCAACCGAACUAUGUGCAGGGAGGCGAGUCACGCCGGGAGCUGGUACACUGCUUCAGGACCCCAGCUGAGUGCACAGUUGGAUGGAUGGUUGUCUCAAGCACAAACUUCAAAGAAACCCGCAAGAGCCAUUAUUGCACCUCAUGCUGGAUACACUUAUUGCGGAUCCUGUGCUGCUCAUGCCUAUAAACAAAUAGAUCCAUCCAUAACGAGAAGAGUAUUCAUUCUUGGUCCUUCCCAUCAUGUGGCACUUUCUAGAUGUGCACUUUCCACUGUGGAUAUGUAUAGGACACCACUAUAUGACCUUCAUAUUGAUCAGAAGGUAUAUGGAGACUUGUGGAAGACAGGGAUGUUUGAGAAAAUGUCUCUGCAGACAGAUGAAGAUGAACACAGCAUUGAAAUGCAUCUACCUUAUACUGCUAAAGCAAUGGAAAGCCAUAAGGAUGAGUUUACAAUUGUUCCUGUGUUGGUUGGCGCUCUUAGUGAAUCAAAGGAACAAGAAUUUGGGAAACUUUUUAGCAAAUACUUAGCGGAUCCUAGUAAUCUCUUUGUAAUCUCCUCAGAUUUCUGCCACUGGGGACAAAGGUUUCGUUACACAUAUUAUGAUGAAACACAAGGAGAAAUCUAUAGGUCAAUUGAAUACCUAGAUAGAAUGGGUAUGAACAUUAUAGAACAAUUAGAUCCUGUGCCAUUUAGUAACUACUUGAAAAAAUAUCAUAAUACUAUAUGUGGAAGACAUCCAAUUGGGGUAUUAUUAAAUGCUGCAACAGAGCUUCAGAAGAAUGGAUUGAAUAUGAGCUUCUCAUUCUUGAACUAUGCUCAGUCUAGUCAGUGUCGAAACUGGCAGGACAGUUCGGUGAGCUACGCUGCUGGAGCCCUUGUGGUGCAUUGAAGCACUGAAGUCUCAGGAAUGCCACCUGAAAACACAAUGCUGACACACACUUCUUUCUGUUCCUGGGGUCAUAGUCAAGCAGUGGUUAAGAUAAAGCCCCUUUUCUAUGGAUUUUAGUUGAACCUCAACCUAAUUUUUUGUUCCCGCUCUUAUUUUCUAUUAGGUGUAGUCCUAUCUUCAUUUUUGACACCUUUUUUUUUUUUAAAAAAGUGUGAAAAAAAUGCUUUCUUGGUUUACGGUAACAGAAGUUCAGUUGUGUCAAAGUGUUUGUGAAAUCGAACAGUAAUUCUGAAAGUGGUGGCGGGCAUUUACAAAAUGCUAGUUACAUGGAAUAAGUUAGCCUUUACCAUAACCUAAAUUUGCACUCUUUGCAGAUAUGUGCACAUAUACUCAGCUUUCAGAAUAGUUUUGCAAGUUGUAAAACAAAGCAAAAAUAUAUAUUAAAAAGGUUGGAAGCUUUUUAAUAAAAAAAAUGCAUUUAUAAAUGAUCCUUUAUCCUGAAUUAGAAUAUAAUUCAAUUCUUGUAUAGUCAGUUAUUACCAGUGUUGUACAACAAAUACCUUCUAUUUUAGUUGCUAAUAAAGGGCUACACAUACAAAA